AUGGCCGAAGCCGGCUCCGCUCUACAUCCGCAAUUCAUUCUCGCGGAGUUGCAGUUGUUGGAUGGAAUUCUCGUGCCCAUCAGGAACACAACAAGAGUGAAGUAUGUCUGCUUUGACGUUUCAAAGCACUACCUUGCUCUGGGAGCCACGAGUGGGGAUGUCUUCAUGUUUCAACGAGACACUUCUUCCUACGUCGGAACAGUUGCUAACAAGGAGGGCGGCUCAGUUGCACAGGUUGCUCUCUGCCCGGACGAAAACAUCCUUGCACUUGCUACCAGCCGCGGCCACGUGCUGGUGCUGGAGCACAAUGCGGGCUGCGGCCAGCCGCAGAGGCUGCAGCUGUCGUACGAGCACAAAGGGAGCUGCGUCACGUGCCUGCGCUGGAACGGUGCCGGGAGCCGCCUGUUUGCGGCCGACGGGGCGGGCAAGGUCUCGGUGCUCAACAUCUCCUCCUCAAAGGCAAAGAGCCUCUUCCAGUCUCCUCCCAGCACUCUGAUGAAGCUGGACUCGAGGGUGGUCCAGCUGGACUUUGCGCAAGAUCGACUGCUAGCCUCGACCCUCACAAGGUGCUACCUGGGAGACACCGUCAGGGAGAAGUUUACCCAGGUGGGCAAGAAACUGAGGGAUGGAGAGUUUGGUGGCUGCUUCGUUCCGGGUGCCAGGGCCCAGGACCCGGUCACCAUCUACGCCGCACGUCCGGGCUCACGGCUCUGGGAGGCUGAUCUGCGAGGAAGUGUUUUGAAGACCCAUCAGUUCAAAGAGGCCCUGGCUGUUGCACCUACUCCUUUGGUCACUGACAGGUCGGACAACAAUGCAGUGGAAAAUGUGGCACCAGGAAACGGACAGGGCACGGCAUUCUGCAAGCUGCUGACUGUGUGGGCAAGCGGGGAAAGCAUGCCGUUCCUGAUGAGUUGGAGUGCGAGGGGCCUGUAUGUGAUCGACCCUCAUCGAGCCAAGGUCAUGUUAUGGAAUGACCAAUUAAAAGACGUCAAAGAUGCACGGUGCAUCCGAAACACCAUCUACCUCCAGCUUUUCAAUGGUGAAUUCCGGUCGUGUGCUCUCCUCACUCCGGAACAGGUCGUCCCGUGUCUGAUGCAUCAUGGUCGGACAGCCCUGUGUGCACAAUUUCUCCUCCAGAACAGUUGUUGCCUGAGCAGUGCUGUCUUCCAGUCAACCAUUCCACCGACCCUCGUCUUCGAACUUUUGGACAAGCUCGACGAACUCGGAGAGGCUUCCGUGGCAGAGGCCGUUUCAAAAGCAUUAAGCGACGCCUGCGGCUUCGAUGCCACCGCAAGGCCCCCAUCUAUUCCGGGAUUUGCCGAGCCAAAGCCGAAGCCAGACCGUCCAAAUUUAGAGCCGUCCCCGACCAUCCGCAACCACAGAAACGGCCCCAAUGUCACGAGGGACCGCGAUGCGCUCUCAUCGCCACGCCACGUCCGGUGCCACUCGACGGAGCCGGCCAUAGCCAAGGCAAAGACUCCGAGCCCGAAGCCGAUCCGGAGGAUUCCGAGACGCGGAAGCGAUCCACUUCCCCCGGCAUCUCUGAGCCGCACGGCUUCGACCGAGAAGUGCAUCCCAAAGCCGAAGCCAAUCAAGGCUUGCAGUCCGACGACAUCUAGUUCCGCCCUUUCGAGAGUUGCAAGCGUGCCCGAAUCUCGCAGCUCGUCUCCGGCCUCGACCGUAGCUGCAGCCGGGCCGCAGAGGAGCCGAAGCCGUAGCCUUGAAGCACAUAGGCGCAACCCAGAAUCUCACUUGGCCGAACGGCCAAGCCAGCUCUCUAACCUCGGUCGCGCCGCAGACUCAAUUUCUCCCGUGCCGAGCUUAGUUGGCAUCGGAGUCGGAAGCAGGGGCUUAGUCCAUAGGUUACAAAAUAACAACAAUAAUAACAAUAAAACGGUUGACAGUCAGAGUCACUCCGUCGAGGACGCAAGUCCAGCAGACUCCGACGGUGCUCCGGAGCCUGGCUGCUCUGCUUCGGAGCACGGAAACAACAACAACAACAGGCGAGCUCUUGGCAGCGCGCUCCGAACGCUACCGGUGAUACCAGCAUCUCCAUUGGAGUCGCCAAUGAGUCCCUUGGAUCGGGUGGAUCCGGAAGUGCUCGCGAGCAUGUAUGCAGAGCAGGACAUGGGCUAUGAGAGCAUCUACCAGUACCUGAACCUCUACACGUCCAGCAUGGCAUCCGGAGCGUUCAACAUGCGGGGUGCGGAACUGGCACAGCUCGGGAACGUUGCGGACCUCGGCAAGCUUCGGGAGACCCUGUGUUCAAAGAUCUCCAAUGGCAAGGACGCCAUCUUGAAAAACAUCCGAGGCCUGGAAUCCAAGCUGAAGUAUGUCUCCGUCGACCAGGCCGCCGACGUGCUCGACCUGGCAUCGCCUCUGUCGACCGUUCCCGAGCACGGUCCGGCUGAUACAAGUUCAAAACCCUCGGGUACAAACGCCACUGUGACUCCCAAGGACGAAUUCUGGUCAUUUCUCCCUGUGCUCAACACAAACCUCAUAGAAGCAACGGAAAAAGCGAGCCUGUGCGUGAGCGACCCCAACGUGUUCUACGACGAGACCAAACUCUCCAAAGUGCUCGAGAACUGGGUGGAGGUCCUCCACUCCAGCCAGCUCCAAGUCGUGUCGCACGUCGCUUCCAUCGACGCCUCCGAGCUUCCGUCUGCUCCCCGCGACGCCCCGGAGAGGUCCCCGGGUGCCUCACCCUCCUCCCCUACAGAGCGGCGACUCCGUUUGCUCAAAUCCGUCUUCGUCUGCGACCCCUUCCGCCUCCCGCCCGACGUCAAGUUCAAGGCGCGCGAGCUCGCCAUGCUCUGCCUGCAGACGGCGGUCCUGGGUGACGUGCAGAGGGUGGCGUCCAAGAUGGCCGACCUGGAGAACCAGGAGAAGUCGCCGUCAUCUGCUCUCGACGGGACGACGGACUCGAAGCUCUCGCAGCGGGGGAGCUCGAUUUCGCCAGGCAGCGAGGACGCCUCGACACGCUGUGACCUCAGCCUCUCCAUGCGGUCCUCGACGUCGGAGAAGCACGGCGGCUUCCACCUGUCGGACAUGCAGACGAUCGACUCGGCGAGUGAGUCUGCCAUGUUCCAGAGCAUGUCGUCGUCAUACGGCGCCCACUCCAUCAACCUGGACCUGCGGUUGGACGACGGACCCGCCGAGAUUUUGCCCAAGAGGCAGGCCGCUCUCAUCCAGAACGACGAAGCUAGAAGCAAUGGAGCCGGCGAACCGGAAGAACCCAACCACGACAAACGACUCGUCGAGAGUGUGGAUGGGUGGGAGAAAGCAAUCGUGCCGAAGGAACGUGAGCUCGCAGAUCGCGACAACUCCGAAUCUACGAGCGUCAACGGCUGCGCGGACCACGACGAGUUGUUAAGGGCAUGCCUCGCGGACGCCGCGAGCCAGGGAGCGGAGCUGUCCCCUAGUCAGGCCUCGCAGAGUGAGGUGACUUCAAUGUCCUGGAUGCCGAUGGUUCUCCAGACGCCGCGGAAGAAGGAGGCACCAAGGUGCAAUCCUUCCGACACGAAGGUGGCACUUUUCAUUCGUUGCUACUUCCACCUCCUGGAGGUCGACGUGGCCUGGGAUGCGGUCCGGAUGUCCGAAGAUCCGUGCUUCGAAUCGUGGAGCGCGCUGGCGUCCGGCUGCUGCCUGCAGGCGCGGAGGAGGCUGCUCUGGGAGAGCGGGAACCAGGACUGGAUCUGGGUGCUGCAGCAAGUCGAGAAGGCCGGGGCCCAGUUGGGGCCCUUGAUUGGCUACCUCGCACUCCUCCACGAAGUGGCUCCGGACAGGGUGGACGAGGUGUUCCUGAAGAAGGCGGGCUGCCUCACGGCCAGGGACGUACUUUACCUGACCCGCUACUUUGACGCCCACCCGUCCCUCUUCCUCAAGGCGGUCCGGGUGGCCCUGACGUCCUUUUCACCGCCCCAAACGUUGUCUUCCGUGAGGAAGUACCUGAAGAAUGAAGAAGUUCGGUGGGAAUGGCUGCAGCAUUCUCUGCGAUCGUGCGACUCUCAGUGCCUCAAAUGCUCGUGUGGAGCACCAAGAAUGAACUCCCACAAGAUCAACUGGCCGAUGAUGGAGCAGCUCAAAGCUGUCCUUUGCUUCGAGGAAUGGAUCUCAGUCAGGAGCAUGGAGCUCUGUCAGCUGCAUGGGUUCUGGCCUGGCUACCUGUGCUCCUUGAGACGUUUGGGCUACCGACUGGAGCACCUAGUCACUGUGAUUCAGCUGGGGGACGUGGAACUGCUGUCGGAUAGCCAUCCAUUGGGUUUGCUGCCUGGUUCGUCGGAAGAGUGGCGGCUGGCCGUGGAACUGGCGCAGAAGCAGCACGGCGGCGGUGCUUUUGGAUUGCCGACAUGCCUGUUCUGCGAGCAGACGCUGGCGGGGAGUGGGACGGACGCCCCGGCGGCGCCAGUGACGACAAUCACGGUGGAGAGCGUGGCACGACGCAUGCUGGAGUCGGUGGGUUUCGAGCAGACGACGACGCUACUGCGUGACCUCGACCUUCCCCGGGGCUCGCUGAGUCCGGAGUUCUUCUUUGCCAGCGUGCUCCUCACCCUGAUUGACCAACAGCAGCUGGCCCUGAGCCACCGGAUGCUCUCGCGGCUGGAGAGCUACGUCUGGUCCCGGCGUCUGGUCACGUUGCCACCUCAGGCGGCCGACCUGCUCAGCCGCGAGAAGCAGGGUCUCGCCGGCCUUGAGGACCUUGCCAACAUUCAGAUGCAGAGCCUCUUUGUGGAGGAGCCCGAAAGUCACUGGGGGAGGAGUGUGCCUCUCCUCUCCACUUGUGCGCACUGUGCACAAAUGUUGGGUGCCACAAAGGGUGCCCAUCCCGUAGUGGCGUUCCACUGUGGGCAUUGUUUCCACAAGUGCUGUCUUCCUGGCGACUUCUGCAUUGCGUGCCUGGAGACCGCUAGCACAACCUGACCAUCCCCCCAGUGGAGCUCUACAAUCUCCACGGCUCCCUUCCGGGGGUUGUAGCACCUCUGGCACUGAAGCGACUGCAACCUUUCUUCCUUUUUUUUUUUUACUUGUCUAGUAAGCUGUAU